CGCGAUCUCAUUUUACGCUCUCGCUCCCGACCACCAUGAGCAGACUCAACGCCGGCGCCUUUGAGUUCGUCCCAGGCAGGGGAUUCAUCGUCCCCCAGGCUGCUCAGCCGCAGCAGCCGCCACCCCCACCCAUCCAGCGUCCAGAGCAGACGUCCGCGCCCGCGCCACCUCCAACGAUAUCCCUCAACAUCGGCGGCUCCAAGCCUGCUGCUCCCCCUACACCCAAGCCCGAUGAAAAGCCCGCCGUCGUCUCGCUGAACAUUGGCGGCUCUAAGCCUGCGGCGCCCCCUGCCGCUAAGCCAGCAGCACCGGCCGCACCACCGGCGGCGAAGGCGCCUACACCCGUGCCUGCGCCUGCUGCUGGCGUGUCUACCACGAAGGCAACCGACUCUGGCUCCACCACCCCAAAAAAGAGCGCGUCACCCGCACCAUCUUCUGGGCCCUCGAAGACGUUUACUACGGACAAGGCUAAGAUGGACACGCAUGCGAUCGCUCAGGAAGUCAAGGCCGUCGCCGAUCAGCAUGUUCUUGAGGACCUUUACGGCCAGUCCAAGGAGCACCUCAACAUCGUGUUCAUUGGUCACGUCGAUGCCGGCAAGAGUACAUUAGGCGGCAACCUGCUGUACAUGACCGGGAUGGUGGACAAGCGUACGAUGGAGAAGUAUGAGAAGGAGGCGAAGGAUGCCGGUCGUGAGACCUGGUACCUGUCUUGGGCGCUCGACUCCACACCUCAGGAGCGCUCUAAGGGCAAGACGGUCGAGGUUGGUCGUGCGUACUUCGAGACCGACGCACGACGCUACACCAUCCUCGACGCGCCUGGUCACAAGACCUAUGUGCCAUCCAUGAUCUCUGGCGCAGCGCAGGCCGACGUCGCCAUACUCGUCAUCUCGGCUCGCAAAGGCGAGUUCGAGACUGGUUUUGAGCGCGGUGGUCAGACGCGCGAGCACAUCAUGUUGGUGAAGACUGCAGGUGUCACCAAGGUCAUCAUCGCCGUCAACAAGAUGGACGAUCCGACGGUCAAUUGGGACGAGGCGCGCUAUAAGGAGAUCAAGGACAAGAUCACUCCCUUCGUCAAGGCGGCCGGCUUCAACCCCAAGACGGACGUGACCUUCAUCCCUGUCUCCGCUUACACCGGCGUUAACCUGAAGGAGCGCGUCGACAAGAAGACUGCACCCUGGUGGGACGGCCCGUCGUUCCUGGAGCACCUCGACCAUAUGCCGAUGGUUGACCGCAAAAUCAACGCCCCCCUCAUGAUGCCCGUCUCGGAGAAGUACAAGGACAUGGGCACGAUUGUCGUCGGCAAGGUCGAGUCGGGCGUCGUUCGCAAGGGCGAUCAGCUCCUGCUCAUGCCGAACAAGGACCUCGUCGAAGUCUCCGCUAUCUACAACGAGAUGGAGGACGAGGUUACGUCCGGCUUCUGUGGCGACAACGUCCGCAUCCGGUUGCGCGGUGUCGACGACGAGGACAUCAGCCCUGGCUUCGUGCUGACGAGCCCGAACAAGCCUGUGCAUGCAGUUCGCCAGUUCGAGGCGCAGCUAGCUAUUCUCGAGCACAAGAGCAUCAUCUGCGCUGGUUACUCCGCGGUGAUGCACGUCCACACGCUCUCCGAGGAAGUCACGCUGGCAGCUCUACUACACUACUUCGACAAGGCGACUGGGCGCAAGUCGAAGAAGCCACCUCAGUUCGCGAAGAAGGGUCAAAAGAUCGUUGCACUCAUUGAGACGACUGCACCUGUUUGCGUGGAGAAGUUCUCAGAUUAUCCGCAACUCGGUCGCUUCACACUUCGUGACGAAGGACGAACGAUCGCCAUCGGCAAGAUCACCAAGCUCAUAGAGAACUAUGUUGGCGAGGUCACAGAUGCUGUGGGCAACCUGACCAUUGCUGGUCAGGCUGCUGCGAACGCCCCGGCGUAAAGGCCGUCGAUGAGUCCUUGACUAAUUGUAUACUGAACGUCAGGCUGAACUGAUGUUGUAAUUGUCACUGUAUACUCUGUACCAUCGAACGACGCUAUACGCUGCUCGCAUUCAAGAAGAGUCUUGGAUAUAUAUUGCUGAACGCCUGAUGCGCUU